AUGAAUGCUAAUGAGGUUCCACAACCACAGGGAGACCAGCGAUUUUUCUUAGGAGAUGUAGAAUCGGACGGAACAAAGAAUCCAUGGACAGUUGAUUUGUUAAUCAACCAGAAACCUGUUAAUUUCAAGAUUGACACGGGGGCUGAUAUUACAGUUUUGUCGGAAUCGACUUAUAAUCAUCUCCCAAACCCUCCAAAGCUAGAGCCAGAGCGCGCUGAUAUUUCAAGUCCAGGAGGAAAACUGAUCUGUAAAGGACAAUUUCUGACUGAAGCUAAGCCAAAUGGGGAGGCAUACCAGGUUAAGAUGUUUGUUAUUGCAGGAGAGCAAGUGAACAAUUUACUAGGACGGGACACUGCUUGUAAAAUGGGUCUAGUACAGAGAGUUGGAGAAGUUUUGUUUGACGUAUUCGGAGAUAUUGGUCUUCUUAAUUGUGCGCCAGUGAAAAUCGAGUUACGAGAGGGUGCACAACCGUAUCACGUCAAUACCGCCAGACAAAUCCCGUUCCCACUCUUACCUAAAGUCGAGAGUAAGCUGGAUAGAAUGAAGCGCGAAGGUAUAAUUGUGGAAAUUACAGAGCCUACUGAUUGGUGCGCGCCUAUGAUUCCAGUCGCAAAGAGUAAUGAGAAGGUCAGGAUUUGUGUUGAUCUGAGACGACUAAAUGAAUCUGUGAAGCGAGAGAGAUAUGUCCUGCCAACCCUUGAUGAUGUUGCGCCCAAGAUGGUUGGAGCGACCUUGUUUUCAAAGCUCGACGCGUCAAGUGGAUUUUGGCAAAUACCCCUCACUGAUGAAAGCGCAAAGCUUACGACCUUCAUCACACCACAAGGCAGAUUUUGUUUCCGAAGAUUGCCGUUUGGUAUAACCUCUGCACCCGAGAUAUUCCAGCGAUGCAUGACAGAUUUGUUGAAGAACCAAGAAGGAGCAUACGCGAUAAUGGAUGACGUCAUUAUCGUCGGAAAAACCCCGGAAGAACACGACAAAAGAUUACGCGAGACUUUGAAGAUCAUUGAAGAAUAG